GACCUGUCUGUGGAUAAGACUACGCGCGGUGGCCCUGUGGACAACUGCUGGCUCUGGUUCACCUGAGGCAGGUGGCGGACCCAGCACUAGCACCCAGCACCCAGCACCCUACGCCCGGGAGCGAAAGCGAGGAAGAUGCCGCAGGAACGGACUGUGCGCCUACAAUACGGGAACCGCAUCGAGGCGGUGUGUGUACUGGGCACUCGGCUCUGGGUCGAUGUCUACAGUGCAGCCCCCGCUGAUGCCAAGACCUUCAGCCUGAAACACACAGAUGCUGUACAGGUAGAAGCAGUGGUUGAUGGGCAGGCUGAGGAGGCCACAGCCAAUGGCAAGAAGCGAUGGGCCCUCUCCCCCAGCACCAUUCUCCGUGUCAGCAUGAGCCAGCCCAGUGCAGAAAUCAGCAGUGACAAGGUCACCGUCAACUAUUAUGCAGAGGAUAGCAAAACGCCCAUUGACCAAGCUGGCCUUUUCCUCACAGCUAUUGAGAUCUCCCUGGAUGUGGAUGCAGACCGAGAUGGAAUCGUGGAAAAGAACAAUCCUAAGAAGGCGUCCUGGACCUGGGGCCCUGAUGGCCAGGGGGCCAUCCUGCUGGUGAACUGUGACAGGGAGAUCCCCUGGUUGCCCAAGGAAGAUUGCUCUGAUAACAAGAUCUACACCAAAGAAGACCUGAAGGACAUGUCUCGGAUGAUCCUGAGGACCAACGGCCCCACUCAACUCCCAGCAGGCUAUGAGAUGGUUCUCUACAUUUCCAUCAGUGACUCAGACAAAGUGGGCGUGUUCUAUGUGGAGAAUCCAUUCUUUGGCCAGCGUUACAUGCACAUUCUCGGCCGGCAGAAGCUCUUCCACGUGGUAAAGUACACAGGUGGCAAAGCCGAGCUGGAAUUCUUUGUGGAAGGCCUUCGCUUCCCUGACGAGAGUUUCCCCGGCCUGGUCUCCAUCCAUGUCAGCCUGUUGGAACUUCUGAUGGAGGGACUUCCCCAAACUCCAAUCUACACGGACACAGUGACUUUCCAUGUGGCUCCAUGGAUCAUGACCCCAAAUACGUUGCCUCCUGUGUCAGUUUUAGUGUGCAGCAUGAAGGACAAUUACCUGUUCCUCAAGGAGAUAAAGAACCUGAUAGAGAAAACUGACUGCAAGCUUAAGAUCUGUUUCCAGUACAUGAACCGUGGGGAUCGUUGGAUCCAGGAUGAAGUUGAGUUUGGCUACAUUGAUGCUCCCCACAAGGGCUUUCCGGUGGUCCUAGAUUCCCCCCGAGAUGGGAACCUGAAAGAUUUCCCAGUGAAGGAACUCCUGGGGCCAGAUUUUGGCUAUGUCACCCGGGAGCCACUCUUUGAGAAAGUCACCAGCCUGGAUUCCUUUGGGAACCUGGAGGUCAGCCCCCCAGUGACGGUGAACGGGAAGGAGUACCCCCUGGGCAGGAUCCUCAUCGGCAGCAGCUUCCCCCUGUCUGGCGGGAGGAGGAUGACAAAGGUCGUGAGAGAUUUCCUACAGGCCCAGGUAGUACAGUCACCUGUGGAGCUGUAUUCUGAUUGGCUGAUCGUUGGCCACGUUGAUGAAUUUAUGACCUUCGUUCCCAUGCCGGGCAAAAGAAAGGAAUUCCGGUUGCUCAUGGCCAGUACCUCUGCCUGCUACAAGCUCUUCCGGGAAAAGCAGAAAGAGGGGCAUGGAGAAGCUAUCUUGUUCAAAGGCUUGGGGGGCAUGAGCAACAAACGGAUUACCAUCAAUAAGAUCCUGUCCAAUGAGAGUCUGGUGCAGCAGAACCUGUAUGCCCAGCGAUGCCUGGAUUGGAACCGGGACAUCCUGAAAAAAGAAUUGGGGUUGACAGAGAAAGAUAUCAUCGACCUCCCAGCUCUGUUCAAGUUGAAUGAGUAUGGCCAAGCCAUGGCUUAUUUCCCCAACAUGGUGAAUAUGAUUGUGCUUGACAAGGACCUGGGUGUGCCCAAGCCCUAUGGGCCCCUGAUCGAUGAGCAGUGCUGCCUGGAAGCUCACGUGUGCUCACUUCUGCAGCCCCUGGGUUUCUCCUGUACCUUCAUCGAUGACAUUUCCUCCUAUCACAAAUUAAUGGGCGAGGUCCACUGUGGUACCAAUGUCUGCCGGAAGCCCUUUGCCUUCAAGUGGUGGCACGUGGUGCCUUGACCCUGUGGAUGGGCUUGGCAUCCCCCUCCCUCAUUCCCUCCACCUUCCCCAUACCUCUUCCCAUAUUCCCAGGUCCAACACUUUCUUGGAAAUUGCUUUUUCUUCCUUUGGCUGGGUCCAUUUUGAUGUCUGCAUGGGGAUGGAGUGGGGUCUGGAAAAAAGCUGUAUGUGACAUAUCUUGCCCCUCACCCCUAGAGUGCACUCAGAUUCACAUGCAACAGUCUCUAGGUCUCCCAAUCCACCUUCGCUUCUCGGGCAAAUGGAAGGGGGGAGGGUCAAUUCCUCUGUGGACAAAAGAAGGUCUGAAGGACACCAGAUUCAAUCUGACUUUGCCCACAAGCUCCAUUUAGGAUUCACCUCUCAAGGGGAUGAUGCCUCUAGCUUCCCUGUGGAUGUCCUUAGCCACUUCAUUCCUGGCGAGCCCUCCUCACACUUCUAUCCCUGACUUUCUCCUCAGAGGAUCCAGGCACACCCCUUAAUAUGUAUCCACUCUGCCCUACAUCAAACAUUAGCUGCAGUGGGUCAGCUUGCCCAACCCCAGGCUAGCUCCGAGUCUAGGGGACUACAUGGAUUGGUAGAGAGGGGGAGAGAAUAGACACCAGACAUUCUGUGCCCUGCUUGGGGAUAUCAGCCCAAGGAUCCUCAAUGCCAUUUCUAGUUAGGCUGAUUGCCCUCCUCUGUGCCUUUUUUCUGGAGUGAGGCCAAGGUUGGGACCAGGGAGUGGGAAAGGUCCUUCUCUAUCCUCAGAGGUUCCAUGGUUCCCACCAUGUUGGGUCCAACCCUAGAGAUGGGAUCAAACAGCUAGUAUAUUUUCCGGGUUCUGGUAAUAGCUUUCCAAGUCAAAAGGAUUAGAUGGCCAAUAGCAUUUCUCACCAGAGAAGGAAAAGAUUCGGCUUUCUUUAUCACUACAUUUAAGUAAUAGAAACAUCACUCAGAGUUUGUGACUGGGACUCCAGAGUCAGAGGAUGUGAAUUCAAACCCUACCUUUGACACCUACCAGCUGAGUGACCUUGGACAUAUCACUUAACAAUCUCCCUGGGCCUCUGUAAAAAUAGGUGGUUGGACCAGCUGGCCUCAAAGGCUCUUCCAACUCAACAUCUGGCAUCCUAUGAUCUCCAAUCCUAUCUCUACUACCCCCACCCUUCUGUGAAGCUUAUUAAGAGAGAGAGAUCCCAGGCUGUUUCCCCAAGAGUCCAGGGAUAGUACUUGGGACCUUUUCUUAAAACACUUCCUGCAGGGCAGCCCUCUUUCUCCAAGAGGUCUAUCUGGAGUGAGAGUCCUGCCCCAUUUUCUUACAAAAACUGUUUUACAGAAAUGCAUUGGCCUUGUUCCCCAGCUGCAUGCCCUGCCCCCACCCCAUCAAGAAAUGAAAAGUACUCAAUUAAAUGAGGCACUCACAACCUCACAGUGUAGAUGUGACAACUUUCCAUGCAUCCCUGGCCUUUUCCUUCUCCUUUCUCUCCCUUUCCCAUUUUCCAUUAGCUCCAUCCAACAAGUAUCUAUUAAAGACCUACUAUGUGCAAGGCACUGAAUAGCAUACAAAAUACAAAAAAACUAAAAAGUCCUACCCUCAGGAGCUUGCAUUCUCCUGGAAUGUAGACUCCCUGGGGCCAUUUCUCUGGGGGAACAAACUUUAUUCACUUUGGUCAUCCAGACCAGGUCCUCCUAUGGCAUCUUGCUUAAGCAAUUCCCUGGAGAGAAAUUAAUUCCUAGGACUGAAGGAACCACCAUAGAACGUGUGUUGAUUGUCCACUGGCCCAGUGUGACUCCAGUUAGUGAAAAGCUGAACUGAUAAAUAAUGGCCUUGAGAGUUUGCUAAAUGGAAUUUCUCUUCCCUAAGGCAUUAGUGUUUCUUGGGCAUUAGUUGAAUAGGGUUUGGUAGAGUGCUCAUUCAGAAAACUCCUUUCCCUCUUUUCUUCUGUUUCCCCUUCUCCUUAAGAAUAAAUUGACAGCCAGCUCCUUCUUCCCCAAUAGAAGCAUAACAUGGGCUGGGUGAUUAGAGCUCUGCUCAAGAGUGGAAAAACCUAGAGGGUGCCAACAGCUCUCCAGAUUCCAUCUCUUUAGUGGCGGUCUUGUCCUGAGGUGGAGUUCCCCUCCCUUGAGGAGUUUAAAUAUCUCUCAGUGGUCCAGGCCCCACCUCCAAGAACUCAGGUGAACCUGCCUCACCCUACUCUCCCCCGACUUGUACCAUUUACCCCAGGUACAAAUCACAGCUGCUGCUCCAGACCUGGAACAAGCCCAGCCCCAGGCCAGCUGUUGCCAUAUGUACUUCAUACCUAACCACAAUGACUGUUUGGUGCCAGCUCUCAAAAUUCAAUUUUAAACAGUAUUUCUACGAAUAGAGGUGCCUUGGAGGGAAGAGGGGGGGAGUUGAUUGGCCAGAAGAUGAAUAUAUCGCUGCUCCACUUUGAAGAUUGAAAAAACACCAGCACCAUUCAAAAACGGUUACACAUUUGAAUUACAAAGAAGAGGGAUGUUUGCCUGACCCAUGUGGCCCUUCCUCUCUGAUUCACUAUACACAUGUCUGAUUCCCAGCAGGCAACACUUAGGGAUGCCCAGUGCCUGCAUGGUCCACUGUGAGUCGAUGUGUUCAGUGGCCCUUAUAAACCACCUUCCCUUGACAACAUAAUGUAGUAGAAGAAAAAAAAAUCAAAUCUGGAGCACAGGGGUUCUGGGUUCCACUCCCAGCUCUGUUCCUUAUCCCUCUGACUCUGGGCAAAUGGCAGUCUCCUGAGACACAAAGGGAGUCAAAGGGCCUGAGUUCAAAUUCUGCUUGCCCCUUGCUACCUCUGUGAUCUAGACUGACUCGUUCCCUUUCCUUCUCUCUAAAAUGAGGAAGUUCGACUAAAAGACCUCUAAUUUCCCAUCUCUAAAUCUAUGAUUCUACAGUCUCAUACCUCCCUAAACUUGCUCAGAUUCUUCAGGUCCAACCUUUUGAAAAUUAAGAAGCUGGACUAGUUAUGGGGUCUCUUAACCUUUUUUGCAUGUCCUUGACCCUCUGGCAGUCAGUCUGGUGAAGCCUAUGGACCCCUUCUCAGAAGAAUAUCUUAAAUGCAUAAAAUAAAAUACAGAGGAAUUUCAAAUAACACCAAUAAGAUUGAAAUAUAGUUAUCAAAAUAUUUUUAAAAACAAGUUCAAAGACCCCAGGUGAAGAGCCUCUGAACUGAGUGAUCUAUCUCUAAGAUUCCUCCCAACUCCCAAAAUAAAUCUUGUGACAUUUCAUGAAGUUUCUUGGCCUGGGCCAGCAUCACCAGAGAGACAAAGCCCUGAGAGCUGUCAGAAAUGAUCAUCUUUGCUAUAGGGGUGAUGGGCCUGAAUCCCUUUGGGAUGCUGAGAUGUGAGCUCUCCCAUGAUGCCUCAUCUAUUUCUGUCCCCGCAUGCUAAGUGCUUAUUAUAGGGUUUUUUUGGAGAGAGCUUCAGGAUACCACACCAUGUGUGUGGGUUUGUGUGUUUUUGUUUUGUGUGUUUUUGACUCCAAGCUUGAUGAGACAUUCACUCCUACGCAUGGGAUGGAUUUUUCUAAGGCUUUUUGCAAUCUGUGAAACUCUAAGUCGGUUGCAUUGCUGACGAGACAUCAGGGGGACAUCUCCUCCAUUUAUCUGGGGCAAUGACUUCCAGUGGAUCCUGAGGCUACCAGGACUAGACAACCUAGGAAGUCAGCAAGACACCUUAGUGGCCCAGAUGGGAGGCUGAUCAGUGUCCAAAUUUAGGCCUAGAAAGACAUGUUGGUGGUGGGCCUUAAAAACACUUCCCGUUCCUGUAUUACCUUGGGAACUUUUGUGUUUUAUUGUAGUUGUGAGCAGGACAAAAAGCAAUUUAACUUUUUUGGGAAGCCUCUGGAUGAUAAAAAAUAUUUUGGGGGGAAGCCUACUAUGGCUCAUAGUGCCUCUGACUAAACAAAUAAAAUCGAAGUAAUGCAACACAAGAAAA